CGGUCGGUUACGGUGUUCCGCUGCAAAGUAUAUUGCUCGUUGAACGACUACUACUUGUGAUCCCUCGUGUUCUUUGCUUUUGCAGCUGUCGUUUGUUGCUUUUUAGAGCAAUACUCGCUGUAGGAUCAACAUCGUGUCGCCGUGUUGCUGUGCAGCUAGAAGACCCGACUCUCCGCCGAUCCUCAUCUCUCCUGGCUCCCCACACUCUCACAAUGGCCAACUCAGACCGUAUGGAGAAGGGCGUUCUUGCCCAUGACGCUCCCGUGUCCUCUACAUCGUCGACCCUCGAGCCUCCCUUCGACCACGCUGCCGAGAAACGGUUAUUGCGCAAGAUCGAUCUCCGGGUCUUACCGGUACUAUGGAUCCUGUAUCUCGUGAACUUCAUCGAUCGUGCCAACAUUGGAAAUGCGAAGAUCCAAGGCAUGGAGAAGGAGCUGCAUCUCGUCGGCCAACGGUUCAACAUCUGUGUCUGGGUUUUCAACCUUGGAUACCUUGUCGCUGGUAUUCCAUUGCAGAUCGUGUUCAAGAAGUAUGGACCAAAGACUCUCUGUUAUAUGAUGUUCUGCUGGGGCAUCACCGUCAUCGGCUGCGGCCUCGUGAAGCGCUGGGAGCAGCUUGUCAUCUGCCGUUUGCUAGAAGGCAUGGCUGAAGCUGCGUACAUUUCUGGAGCCGCAUACUUGAUUGGAGCGUACUACACUAAGAAGGAGUAUUUGACCCGCUUCGUCCUAUUUUGUACCGCAGGUAUCAUUGCCGGCGCCAUCAACGGAUUCGUCUCGUCGCUGAUCGCGAGGAUGAACGGUACUGCUGGUUACAGUGCCUGGAGAUGGAUCUUUAUCAUCGAGGGUUGCAUCACCAUUUUCGUUAGCAUCGCUUGCUUUCCGGCUGUUCCACCAUUUCCGGAAGACUGCAAAUUUCUGUCGCCUGAAGAGAAAUCGCUUAUGCUUGCGCGUGUUAGGGCUGAUGGAGGACAUGUGGAGAACGACGAGAUUACCUUUAAGAAGGCUCUAUACUAUCUCAAGGAUUGGAAGAUCUGGGCAGGCGUUGCCAUGAAUCUUGGUGUCACCGAGAACGCAAACUCCCUCGCGAAUUUCCAGCCGACCAUUCUCAAAGGCCUCGGAUAUACCGCGACGCAAGCCCAAGUCCACACCAUCCCUGUAUAUCUCGUCGGCGCAGUCUUCUCCGUUGUCUUCGCCUACACAAGCGAGUAUCUACAGCGUCGCUAUUACUUCUACAUGUUGGGCUGGGCUGUCCUUGCCUCAGGUCUUAUUGUUGAAGUCGUAUAUCCUACCAACCCGAAGGUACGAUACAUGGGCAUGUUUUUCAUCGCAUGUGGCUGCUACCUCGCAAUGCCGAUAUCCAUUAUUUGGGUAUCCAUCAACUGCGCGAGUGGGUACAAGCGGGCAGUGGCUAUUGCAGCCAUCAUCAACUUUGGAACAGCAGGUGCAUUCGUUAGCUCCAAUGUCUUCUUGUUCAAGGAAGCGCCGAAGUUCCAUACCGGGUUCAGCACUGGUCUCGGUUUGUCGUGCAUGGGAGCUUUUGCCGCUACCUUGAUUUGGUUUGGAUGCAAGCAUGAGAACAAGCAGCGAGACCACAGGAGGGCGGAGUUGCCAGUCGAGCUUGACGAGAGCAUGAAGGAAUUGGGUGACGAGCAUCCAGACUUCCGUUUCGCCUUGUAGGGGUGCAGGGAUGUUUGUCCAGGGCUACCCCAGUGUUGCUGAGACUACGAAAUAGACAGGCAGUUAGGCCUCAAAAAUAGAUUGCAAGUACUAUGUGAACCUAUCAGUCCUCUCAUGUCCGAGACUCCAAUCUUACUGUUGUGCAUUUUCAGUCAGUCAGGGUCCGCGCCGUCGUUAACAUGUAACUUAGGUGUUUUAAGGCCUUACGGCGAGGAGAGGUAAAAUAAGAGCGUGCAUCCAGCGUUGCUCAAUAUAUAACGCGCCACCCAAAUUAAACACAGCAUUGUACCAUGUAAACUCGUACGGGGUAGCAAUAACAAAAGAUAGGAGAAAUUGUAUCCUCGAAUCAAACAGGCCACCCGGCACGGCGGGGGAGCGAAC